AUGGAGGAUACUAGACAACUACCCAACGGCGUAAUCGAACUUGCGCCUCGGACGGGAACUUCAUUCCACGUCAACAAGGGCCAAUGCUUGACAGUCAUCGAUCCAAAAGGCGGCCAAGUCUCUGACCUUGUGGCAUUCAAUCGCCAUGACACGGACGAAGUCAUCUCCAAUGGACGCACAUUUGACUAUGCAGACACCAUAUACCUGACAACCAACCACCUGCUGUACUCAAAUCGCAGCAAUGUCAUGCUCAAGAUCGUCGAGGACACGUGUGGACGCCACGACUUCCUGCUUACGCCGUGUUCCAAAGAUACCUUUCGCAUCAUAUACGGAGACUUGGAGCCGCACCACGGCUGUUUCGGCAAUCUCUCCCUGGCGCUAAGCAAAUACGACAUCGCGCCAGACCGCAUCCCUUGUGCGUUCAACUGCUUCAUGAAUGUGCCCGUGGACGGCAAGACGGGCAAGUUCACGGUCGAUCCACCGAUCAGCAAGGCUGGUGAUCACAUCGAUUUUGUCGCCGAGAUGGACCUUAUUGUUGCCAUUACUGCCUGUUCAGCCGGAAAGUCCAAUGGCGGCAGCUUCAAACCCAUUCAAUAUAUAGUAGUUUGA